GUAUUGGCUGCGAGAGGACGCCGCGAGCGUCGAAAGGCUGAUGUGCGCGGAACGUUCACAAGCGCCGCAGUAUGCCAUCGUACGUCGCGCGGUGUGGUGACGCUCUUUUGCGCCAUCGCGAAUGUAACGGGACGGGAUUACGUGCUCGCGCGGUAUCGCCCCCGUGAUCUCUCGCCGCCGUAACGGGGAAUUAUGUUGACUUGGAGAAAUGGGUAAUUUGACGACGCUGCUAGUGAAGUUCGGUGCCGCGUUCCUCCUCGCCUGUCACGCGGAUUAUACCUUGGCUCAGGACAACGCAUCGGCAGCCAUAGAAUGUAUCGAAUCCGAGACGGGAUGCAGGAGGUGCAGAGACGGGACGUGUGCCAGAUGCGCUGUGUUGUUACAUCAGGGUACUUGUGUGCACACCUGCCCAUCGGGCUUCGUCUCCGACUGGUCCACCCGGGACGAAUACAUGGGUCGUGUCUGUCGAGAGACCGGCUACAUGUUCGGCCUCACCGGUAGCCAGGUCGCGAUUUUGGUAGGGGUGGUCUCCGGUACAACUAUCUGUAUCUUCAUCAUCCUCUGCGGCGCGAUAGUCGUACACCGACGUAAGAAGAAGGCGGUGAAGCUGGCCCAGCAGUUUGAGGACAGCGCAGAGAGGAGAGAAUUUCUGAAACACCUAGCGACGCUCCGUGGAGAGGCCAAUACUUUCCUCGCUAUGCUCAACGAUACUAGAAGACAGGUCAGAGAGUUGUACUACUCGGGAAAUAACGGAGACGGUGCCGUCGGAAUCCAAGCGUAUAGACCAGUGCUACGUGACCUGGCGAGGAUACUAGUUCUCGUGAAUAGGAGAGACGAUGAGAUACCACUUCCGCCCGACGAUUGGCAACGACUAUUCUCAUGGGCAGAGCGGCUAUUGAGAAGAUAUAAAAGGCAUAGUUCUCCAGAAGUGGCUCAGCUCGUGACAUUCCUGCAACAGCCGACGAGCAACCCCGUCCAAAUGACCUCGUUAUCGGCGCAAUCGGUCACGACAUCGCAACCACCACUUCAUCAACCCGUAUACGAACCGAGAAGCACCCCCACUAAUCUCACCACAUUCCAAGCGAACGUGCCUCUCGCGACGUUCCAAGCGAGCGAUAAAUCGAGCAUCAGUCCAGCGAGUUCGAGCCUCGGCUACACAAAGGACAGCAGUCCCCUCGGUUCGAGUUUGGGUCAAAACAGUGCUUUCGGUAUUUACAGCAGUGAAAAGUUCAGCCCGAACGGCUCGACAAUCGGUCAAACGACGCCUCUCGUCUACGGAAAUAAUCUGAAGCGAACAGGAUCGAGGGCGACGAGUGACUGUCAAGAAUUGCAGACCAUCUCUGCGUUUAAUCGCAGUUAUAAUGGCACGCUGCCCUUGGAGACCAACAACAUCCGUGCGUUACACGACGAGUGCGCAGUCAACGAUGGUUUAGACCGCGACUUGAAUCCUCAAUGGAAGUUUCAGAGUAGCCCCGUAGAGGCGGCCAAUUACACCAUUCUGUCGGAUUGGUCGCCAGCUCAUGAUUAUCUCAUCGACGAUUUCACAAUUCUCGGUUUUCGGCCGCAGGACGAAAUCACUACGGAAUUGUAGUAUCGACUGAUAGUGAAAUACAUAACGAGAUCCAAACAAGACUUGUAAAGGAAGAGAGAGUUACAAAUGCUUGCGCAUUUCAAAUACCGUCAAAUACCGUUUUCAAACAAUAUUUCAAAAAUCCUCAACAAUCUUCUUUGACAAUCCUGUAACGGUACUUUGCAUUGCAUUAACGAGAUUUAUUAAUUGUGUUAUUCAUGAAAAAGGAUCGUAUGAAAUAAAUUCUAUCUGCUACAUUUGACAAUCUAUGCGUGUUGGUCGAUAAUGCGAUAUCGACGUAUAUUAGGUUUGCUUUUUAUUACUGCACUCUUGGAAUAUAUGAAAAUGGUAUAUAGCUAAUUGGCGCUCUUUCUAACAUAUAUCUGUCCUCGUCUGUUUAUUUUAUUGCGAUGCGCAUGCGUCGAUCUACAGUUUUGAAAAUUCUUUAUUAUUAUAAAAGUGUGUAUCGCGUGUAAAGUUAGGCAACUGUAUGCCAUUAUUAUCUAGUCUAGUGCAAGCGCAAACAGAUUUUAAAUAGAUAAGGACAGACAUAUAUUGGAUAUUUUUGCUAUAUUAUUCAGAUUGAAUGGCACUUCCAGUUUAUUCUAAGGCUGCACUGAAUUGCAAUGGAAUUUUUUUCUUGUUUUCGAUAAAUUUAAACAUAUAUUUGUUUUAUUUCAAAUCAA